AUGUCAGAAGAAAAAGCGGACGUUGCUCCGCCUAUAAAACGUUACAGGCGUGAAGAGAAAUCCUCAGAAUCUGAGGAAGAGAUUGAUAAUUAUGUACCUUAUGUUCCGGUAAAAGAACGUAAAAAACAGAAGUUGCUAAAGCUUGGUAGACUUGGGCAGGUAGCUGCAGAGGCGGCGGCGGAAACUAAGAGUUCUAGUGAUAAUGAUUUGGACGACGAAGCAUCUCAAGAGGAAUGGGGUCGUAGAUACAAUGUGUCACUACUGGACCAGCAUAGCGAGUUAAAGCGGUUAGCGGAGGCUAGAGCACUUUCUGCUGCUGAACGACAAGCACGGGAAGAACAGCAUAUACUAGAAAGUGUUGCUCAGAGCAAAGCUUUGAUGGGUGUUGCUGAGCUUGCUAAAGGUAUACAAUACGAGGAUCCAAUUAAGACAUCAUGGAGACCACCUCGGUCUGUGUUAGAAAGACCUCUGGAAAAGAAUGAUCUUAUCAGACAGCAACUUAGGAUAUUGGUAGAAGGGGAUGAUGUACCCCCACCUAUUAGGACAUUCCAGCAUAUGAAAUUCCCUAAAGGUAUCUUAAGAGGUCUAGAAGAGAAGGGUAUUAAAAAGCCCACACCUAUCCAAGUGCAAGGUAUCCCCGCAGUGCUCAGCGGUAGAGACAUGAUAGGAAUAGCUUUCACUGGCUCCGGAAAGACUUUAGUAUUCAUAUUGCCUAUUAUAAUGUUCUGUUUAGAACAAGAGAUAAAAAUGCCAUUUAUAAGAAACGAAGGACCUUAUGGUUUAAUUAUUUGUCCUUCACGAGAACUUGCUAAACAAACAUUUGACAUCAUCCAGCACUUUGUAAGACAUAUCAAGUUGUCUGGUAACCCUGAAAUACGAAGCUGUUUGGCGAUCGGGGGGGUGGCGGUGUCUGAAUGUAUGGAUGUUGUCCAAAGAGGUGUCCACAUAAUGGUGGCCACUCCUGGCCGGCUGAUGGACAUGCUGGAUAAGAAAAUGGUGCGUCUCAACGUGUGCCGCUACCUCUGUAUGGAUGAAGCAGAUAGGAUGAUAGAUAUGGGCUUUGAAGAGGAUGUUAGAACUAUAUUCUCGUAUUUCGCUGGUCAGCGGCAAACUCUACUCUUCAGUGCCACUAUGCCGAGGAAAAUACAGAACUUCGCUAGAUCAGCGCUGGUGAAGCCAGUGACGGUGAACGUGGGGCGCGCUGGCGCGGCGUCGCUCAACGUGCGCCAGGAGCUGGAGCCAGUGAAGGCGGAGGCGAGGACAGUGCACCUGCUGCAGUGCCUGCAGAAGACGCCGCCGCCGGUGCUGGUCUUCGCGGAGAGGAAGCAGGACGUUGACGCUAUACAUGAGUAUUUGUUGCUCAAAGGAGUGGAGGCGGUGGCUAUCCACGGCGGCAAGGACCAGGAGGAGAGGUCCCGCGCGGUAGAGGCCUUCAGGAGAGGAGAGAAGGAUGUACUGGUAGCCACCGAUGUUGCCAGUAAAGGUCUGGACUUCGCAAACAUCCAGCACGUGAUAAACUACGACAUGCCGGAGGACAUAGAGAACUACGUGCACCGCAUCGGGCGCACGGGGCGCGCGGGCGGCGAGGGCGUCGCCACCACGCUGCUGGGCCGCGCCGCUGACGACAGCGUGCUGCGGGACCUGGUGCAUCUGCUGCGGGAAGCGGGGCAGAAGGUGCCAUCAUUCCUGCUGGACAUGAUCGGGGAGCCGGACGUGCCCGCGCCGGAUGGACAAGGCUGCUCCUACUGCGGCGGUCUCGGACACAGGAUCACUGAAUGUCCCAAACUGGAGGCGGUACAGAACAAGCAAGCAUCAAAUAUCGGCAGACGAGACUAUCUCGCGAACACGGCGGCGGAUUAUUAAUACAAUUUAUUAUAUUAGAGUAAUUAAAAUGAUUUUUAUGAACUGUAAAAUG